AUGCAAAGAUCCUGCUACUACAACUCUACAUCAGCAUCUGUUUUGAGCCUGAAAGUUAGUUCAGUGGGAGUGGAGGCUGUGCUGGGUCACAGCGCCAGUCUUCCCUGCGACAUAGCGCCCUCUGGCAGAGAGGACCGUGUCUACAUGGUGCUGUGGUUCCGAGAGGGCGCCGGCAGACCACUCUACAGGUUCGACGUGCGAGGCCGGCCCCUGCCUGAGGCCCUCCACUGGUCAGACCCGCUGGCCUUCGGCUUCCGCGCCUACUUCGCGGCCGGUACGCGCCCCGCCGCGCUCACCCUGGACGCCGUGCAGCUCGACGACGAGGGCGCCUACCGCUGCCGCGUCGACUUCCGCAACUCGCCCACCAGGAACUUCCUGAUCCGCCUCGUGGUCAUAGUGCCGCCGCACCACAUGCUGGUGUACGCCAACUCGGGCCGCCCCAUCAGCUCGGACGUGAUUGGCCCGCUGUCCGAGGGGGCGGAGCUCGUGCUGAGCUGCGAGGUGCGCGGCGGCAAGCCGCCGCCCACCGUGUCGUGGUUGGUGAACGAGCAGCUGGUGGGCGGGGCCAGGCGGCAGGCGCGCGGCGGAGUGGCCGUCAGCAGGCUGCACGUCGGCAGGGUCGGCAGGGAGGACCUCAACACGAGCUUCACGUGCCAGGCGAGCAACUCCCAGCUGGCGCCGCCGCUGCACAAGUCCGCGCGGCUCGAGCUGUUCCUGCGGCCGCUGAGCGCGCGACUGCUGCAGAGGCCGGCGGAGCUGGUGGCGGGAGUGCAGGUGUCGCUGUCCUGCGAGGUGCUGGGCUCCAGACCCCCCGCCGUCGUCACCUGGUGGCGCGACUCCCGCAAGCUGCGGCGAGGCGAGGUGGAGACGUCCGGCGGCGAGGGCAGGGAGGUCAGCACGCUGACCUUCUCGCCGGCCCCAGAGGACGACGGCCGACUGCUGCAGUGCCGCGCCGACAACCCCAGCAUGGCGGCCGCCGGCCUCGACGACUCGCUGGCUCUCAACGUCGUGUACCCGCCGCUAGUGUCGCUGCGGCUGGGCAGCACGCUGGACGCGGCCGACAUCAAGCAGGGCGAGGACGUGUACUUCGAGUGCGAGGUGCGCGCCAACCCCCGGGAACACCGCAUCGCCUGGACGCACGACGGCGCUGCGGUCGGGCAGAACGUGUCGUGGGGCGUGAUCCUCAGCACAAGCAGCCUGGUGCUGCAGGGCGUGUCCCGCCGCCAGGGCGGCCAUUAUGCCUGCAGUGCUGCCAACGACCGUGGCGAGACCACCAGCGAGCCUGUCUUGCUCCGCGUGCAGUUCGCGCCAGUGUGCAGACACCCCGAGCACCAGGUAGUGGGUGCGUCCCUGCACGAGGCACUCCAGCUGCGCUGCGUGGUGGACGCCGACCCCGCCGCCGCCGCCUUCGAGUGGCAGUUCAACCACAGCGGUGACGGCGUGGAUGCGCCACGGCGCCUCGCCGGGUCCCUGGAAGAUGGUGCCUCCAGCGUGCUGGAGUACAUCCCAGUGUCGGAGCGUGACUAUGGGAUGCUGGCCUGCUGGGGCCGCAACACAAUAGGGCGCCAGGCCGACCCGUGCGUCUUCCAGGUGGUGCCUGCUGUGAGGCCGAGCCCGCUGCGCAACUGCACGCUGCGGCCGGCGGCCAACCUCUCGACCGACGCCCUGGAUGUGGAGUGCCUGGCGGGCUACGACGGCGGCCUGCCGCAGAGCUUCGUGCUGGAGGCGUACGAGUCGCGCACCAUGAGACUGCGCCUGAACGCCACGGCACCGCGCCGGCCCUUCUUCCGCGUGGAGCUGGACGACCUGCUGCCCGCGCACACGCCGGCCCUCCACCUCGUGCUGUACGCCGUCAACCAGAAGGGCCGCGGCGAGGUCACCGUGCUCGAGGGCAUCACGCUCGGCGACACCGAGAAGCGCACCGAGUUGAUAUCCGGGGCGAGCGAAGGUGCCAUGGACGGGAUGUCGCUGGCGGCGGUGCUGACGGGCGCCGUGCUGACCGGGGGCCUGGCCGUGCUGCUGGUGGCAGUGCUGGCGGUGCGACGGCGCCGGUUGCCCCCGGACGAAAACCAGCACGAGACCUUCGAGGCAACGAAGCAAAAGCCCCCGGGCGAGCUGACCCGCCAUGUGAGCAUCGCCCAUGCCGGGGACCAGAACUACGUCAUGUCGUACGUAGUGAAGCCCGCCGGCGACUGCUGUCGCAAGCCCGACAUCCUCAACCCGUCCAGAGGUGUGAAUGUCUACUGCAGACAACCUAUUUCACCUCAAGAAAAUUCUCACGAUUAUGAUGAACAUGAAGACAAUUUUACUGCAAAAACAUAUGGGCAGAUCACGAGGUGAACGAGGCUCAUCCCGGACGUGGCUGUCCUCACCAGAGAUGUCGCCCAGCGGUGGUGCCAGUAGCAAGGCCCCAGAGGGGAGUCGCGACGCCUGAUAUCCAACACUGAACAGCCUGUCCCUCCAUGCGGUCACACUCCGCACUACAGUCUGAGCUCAAGCUGCUGUGAACAUUGUUUCAAAACUACAUGUGUGUUUACUUGUGAGCUACAUGUGAACUUUAAUGGAAUGUUAUAACUUCGAAAGCAAAUAAAUUUUUUGAUAUGUUGGA